UCAUCGUCAUCAUCAUCAUCAUCAUCAUUAUUGUCAUCAUCAUCGUCGUCGUCAUCAUCAUCGUCGUUGUCGUCAUCAUCAUCAUCAUCGUCAUCAUCGUCGUCAUCGCCAUCAUUAUCGUCGUCAUCAUCAUCGUCG